AUGGCCGAGGAUAUCCCUCCCCACCCCACGACGAGGCCAUCUGUCCGCGCGGACACACGUGGUGAGUUUGUGACUCGGAACUCCCGCCCCAACAUUGUGCUGCUCAUGGCCGAUGACCUUGGCGUGGGGGACCUAGGCUGCUAUGGGAACACCUCUGUCAGCACUCCAAACAUUGACCGUCUGGCGAGCGAGGGCGUGAUGCUCACACAGCACCUGGCAGCUGCAUCUGUUUGUUCACCAAGCCGUGCAGCUUUCCUCACAGGGCGCUACCCUGUGCGCUCAGGCAUGGCGUCACCCAACAACCUGUAUCGUGAUGUCAUGUGGCUGGGCGGGUCGGGCGGACUCCCGAGCAAUGAGACGACUUUCGCCAAGAUGCUGCAACACAGGGGAUACCGCACAGGACUCAUAGGUAAGUGGCACCUGGGUAUGAGCUGUGCAUCUCGUGGCGACCACUGUGCACACCCGCUCAACCACGGCUUUGACUUCUUCUACGGGAUGCCACUGGGACUGCUGGGAGACUGCAGUGCUGGUGCCUGGCCGGAAGCGCACCGCAGGCUGCGUAUCCAGUUGUGGGUGACAUCAGCAGCGCUGGCCACCCUCCCCUUCCUGCUGUUGGUGCCCCGCCUGGCAGGCUGGUUUCCUGUCCCUUGGAUGCUCAUGGCCACUUCUGGAUUUCUGGCUGCACUCUUCUUCCUGUCCUGGUACAGCAGCUACGGCUUCGUGCGCAGGUGGAACUGCAUAAUCAUGCGUGACCAUGAUGUCAUCCAGCAGCCAGCUGAUGAGGCACGGGCGGCAGGGUUGAUGCUGAGCGAGGCGCUGGCCUUCAUCGACAGGCACAAGCGCAGCCCAUUCCUGCUGUUCCUGUCCUUCCUACAUGUGCACACGCCGCUGCCUACACGUGGAAAUUUCGUGGGUCGCAGCAAGUUUGGGGCAUACGGGGACAAUGUGGAGGAGCUAGACUGGAUGGUGGGGAAAGUCCUUGCUGCCCUGGACCAGGAGCGCCUGACCAAUCAGACCCUGGUUUACUUCACAUCAGACAAUGGUGGCCACCUGGAGGCCGAGGAGGGCGGGGUCCGAGCUGGUGGCUGGAAUGGGGUCUACAGGGGAGGCAGUGGUAUGGGUGGCUGGGAGGGCGGAGUGCGUGUGCCUGGCAUCUUUAGGUGGCCUACAGUGCUGGAGGCAGGACGAGUCAUCGAGGAGCCCACAAGCCUCAUGGACCUGCUCCCCACACUAAGUCUCGUGGGUGGCGGGAUCCUCCCCAAGGACAGAGUGAUUGAUGGCCAGAACCUGAUGCCAUUGCUGGAGGGCCAUGUGCAGCUCGACCAUGAGUUCCUGUUCCACUAUUGGGCAUUCCUGCACAGCGUACGGUGGCACCAGAGGGACUGCAACACUGUGUGGAAGGCCCAUUAUGUCACUCCCAAUGUCUCCCCGGAGGGCUCGGGCAGCUGCCACGGCGGUAGUGUGUGCACAUGCUCUGGUGAUGUCACCCACCACGACCCACCCCUGCUCUUUGACAUCUCUCGAGACCCUGCAGAGUCACUGCCACUGAACCCCGACAACGAAGCGCUGUUCGAGACAGUGCUCGGCAAGAUGUCAGUGGCUAUGAGGAAGCACCGAGCCACCAUUACCCCCGCACCCCGCCAGCUCUCUGUCUUCAACGCCCUCUGGAAGCCCUGGCUGCAGCCUUGCUGCGGUGCCGCUUUCCCGCUCUGCGGCUGCACGGGGGAGGAUGCGUGA